AACGAAACGGCGGGCGGAUCUGACUAUUUAUUGUGCCCAGUUUGAACUUCAAGGACUUAGUAACCUUAAUCAGUAGACGAUAUCACUGGAUCGUUGCCCCAAGCACAUCGUCCUGCAAUAAAUUUCAAUGGGAGAGUACGGACGGUGACUAACUAAAAUUCAGCACUACUUCAUUCAAAUUCCUGCGCCUACUCUACAUACUAAAUAAAAGUUUUUGCUUCCUAAACCUCCCAUCACUUUUUGGGUAAUGGCUAACUUUUCGAGAGUAGCCGAAAUUUUUGAGCAAGCAUCAGUGGCGUUCGGCCGAUUGGCUCAACUUACUUUAGAUCUUAAACAGUUCCAAGCGCAGCAAAAUGAUGGGGAUUCCAAGACCUGCGGGAAAUGGUCUCAAAAGGAAGUUGAAGAUCUUAAAGCUGCUAUUGGACGUUUCGGAUCUGAUCUGUCAAAGGUAGCUGAAGCUAUCGAAACAAAGACCAUUAACCAGAUAAAACAAAAGCUAAAAACCCGGGCUUUUCAGGAUGCUGGUCUUGGAGAUAUUUCCUUUGAAAAUGAGGCUGCGGAUACAGAAACCAAACCAAAAGUCACGACUCCAAAUGCUACUCCAGUAGAACGUGGAAGACGUAAGCAAGCUUUGAAUCAAAUGCCUGAACCAGUAGACUUGCAUCCUCCUAAAAAAUCCAGAUCUGAUGUCGGCGAUUUGAAUGAAUAUACCAAUUAUGCACCUGAAGUAGAAAUUCAAGAUAAAAAACCCAACCAACCGGCUAGUAACAAUAAAUCCUAUGGUAAUGAGAAUGUUACACCGCAAAAAAAAGAUGACGGUCAUAAUAUUUCAAAACAUAAGCCAGUUGGCAGUACACUAUCUAGUGUUUUAUCCAAACCGAUAUCACUUGCUAGACCAGAUGUAAGUAAUUUUGAUGAUCGUCAUCGCAAAACAACAACGUCAGUAAAUGUCCUUAGUUCUGGAUAUAAUGCAAAUGAAUCGAAGUAUGAAGAUUAUGACAGCGAUGACAGUGAUUAUGAUGGUGCUGAUGGUGAAGGCAGUCGUAUGCCUGGGGAAGAUUAUGAAUCAGACGAAGAACAAGAGGAAGAAGAAGAGGAAGCCGACGACAACGAGGAUUACGAUGAAUUGGGGUCGUACUGGGAUAUCUGCAUUUGGUCAAUCGGUAGAAUUGAGUAUCCACCCCGCGGUCCACAAUAAUUUGGCGACGGAGAUUCAGCAAACAAGUUGGUGACUGUGACGUGUGAACUCGAGUAAACUGUAAGAGGCUCAGAAGGAGCCGAAGAUAUUCCAUCCAAUCACCUUUAGGAAGAAUAUUCUAGAAUUCCUACGUGUAGCUUCCCGAUUGGACAAGACUAGUAACCCCCUGUAUGUGGAUUGGAGGACUGUAAUGAUGAUUUUUGUUCUUACUAAAAACUAUAAAUACCUGACAAUUUGUACCAUAAUUGACACUGU